UUAAUGGAGUCGACUCGGAGGGGAUUUCCCUAGGCUACAUUUACACCAAUGGAUCUGCUCACAAGUUCUGAAUGGGCCAAAUUGUGUUUGGCACAUUAAUUUUCACACAUCUUUUUUGUGAAAUCAUUUUUGCAAGAACAUCAACACUUAAGAGCUUACGGUUUUUUGGGGGGGAUUUUCACUGGAAAUAAAGGAUGUGCUCUAUAGUCGUGCUUCAUCAGUGGAGUCUGGCUGUGUUCUUGCUGUGCUCUCCGGUGACUCUCGAUGGGAGACCAGUUGAUGCACUUAGUAGCAGAAUGAAGAGGUCAGUAGGCCACACCCAGCUGAUGCAUGAUAAGGGCCGCACCAUACAUGAGUACACGCGCCGCAUGUGGCUACACGAGCUGCUGGAGGAGGUGCACACGGCUGAUGAUCGUGCUCCACCUGCGCAAAGCAGAACCUCGAGCCAAAGCUUCAGUGGAAACCACCAGAAGCCCUCGGGGGCCACCAAAGAUCUCUCUGACAGGUUCAGGCAGGACAGAGUGGGCCCUAACCUCCCUCAGGAGACCAACAAAGCUCAGGCUUACAAGGAGUCACUUAAAGUUGCCACCAAGAGGAAAAAAAAGGUGAGGCUGGGCCGGCGUAGAGAAAACGAUAAGAAGAGGAGGCGAGCACGGUCUGUUCUAACAAAGGCGCCACCACGGAUGGCUAUCUAAAAGCAAAAAAUUAAAAAAACAGUACCCUUUAUGUACUGCACUAAGACACUGACGCAGGCUGACUGAUGCCUGACAGACUAACGAUGCCAGACUCAGUCACUUUAUAUCUUAACCCUGAGUUUGUGCUUGUAUAUUAAUAUUUGGCUUUGUUGUUUGUAUUUUUGCUGUAAAACAAUCUCACACUUCAUUUUAGUUUCAUGAUAACGCCUGCUUAGGUCCAUAUUUAUUUGGAAAAUCUUUACAACUCUGCAGCCCUGAUAUACUUCCAAGCAGUGAUAUGUUUUGUAGUUUCAGAUGUAUGCAAGAGCACGGGAGGAAGUAUUUAUUUCCUAUACAUGAUAACUUCUACAAAUAAUGCGAUGCUGGGCACCCUGCUUUUUGUUUGGCUCUGAGUGCUGACCGUUAUGGACUUACACACAACAAACUGGUCAAUGAAUACAUC